CAUGCGACCAACAUCAUUGGUCCACGGAGAUUGUCGCGCAGAGAUGAAUGAAGCUUUGGUGUGUCAAGUGGAAAGUCGGAACUAUACGGACAGCCAAUAAAAAGUGACGUGAAUGCCGUAACGCGCCGCGUAGCAAGGAGGAGAAAAACAAACGGGCGAUCCGCUCGGCGAAAGGGAUAGCCGCGAGGGGGUAGUGAAUGUGGUCGGUGAAUCGCCGAUAAAGGGUAAAAGUAAAAUUUCGACGACGAUGCGCGCGGACCGAUCGCUCAAGUGCAGAUAGGAACUCCCAGCUGGAUACGAGGCAUGCCGCGUGAUAACUUUCACCCGUUGACCUGUUGUUGACGGAGCGAGGACGAGGGCGACGCAGCAAAGAGAGGAAACGAUUAUCCGUGUGCGCGAUUCCUGCUCCGCUUUUCCGUAAGAGAGCAUCGCGAGAGAGCGAGCGGGGCUGCGAGUAUUUCUCGCGCGGAACGCAGACGCAUCGCGUCCGCAUGCGUAAUAAUUACGUCUCUCUUUUUUUUGACGGGCCGAUCGAAAUAUAUUGUCCGACCGGAGAGCACUCUCGGGGUACUCGGCGAAGAAAGGGAAGUUGCUGUAAUGGCCGCCGUGUCAUGAAAUGAAGGUGCCCAACCAUUUGUAUGUUGACACAAUGGAGGAUAGCUGUAGCCCCGCGUCCCAAAAUCAUAACGGCCAGCUGGCCGGCGGCGCGAAUGUCUCCCUCGCCAACAAUAAGCAUCAGGGCGGCAGCGACAAUGGCAGCAACGGCGAUGCCAAGGACCAGCGGCCGCAGUACUCGAUGCCUGGUAUUCUGCACUUUAUUCAACACGAAUGGGCCCGUUUCGAGCUCGAAAGGUCCCAAUGGGAGCUGGACAGGGCGGAAUUUCAGGCUAGAAUAGCUUUCCUUCAGGGUGAAAGAAAAGGACAAGAAAAUUUGAAGAAUGAUCUUGUGAGGAGAAUAAAAAUGUUAGAAUAUGCGCUUAAGCAAGAGAGAGCAAGGUAUCACAAACUAAAAUAUGGUACCGACUUAGUAAUGCAAGGAGAUAUAAAACCUCCUCUUUAUGAAGAAGGUACUACAUGCAAUAUCUCUGAAAGUGGUGGUGGAAGUAGUGGUGGCACUGGUGGUGGCAGUGGUGGAGGAGGAGGUGGAGAUGGUGAAGCUUCAUUUACAUCUGUCAGUAAUGUUAGUUGGAGACAAGGCCGUCAGCUUCUAAGGCAAUAUUUGCAAGAGAUUGGUUACACUGAUACAAUAAUAGAUGUACGAUCAAAUAGAGUACGAUCAUUACUUGGUUUAAAUAAUAACACAGACACAGAAGAAAUGAAUACUCCCGCAUUAAAUGGAAAUGAAGGAAAAGUAAAAAGAUAUGAUUGUAAUGAAAGUCAUUUACAUCGGGCAAAAUUGCAACCUUUUCAAAAAAAGCAACAGCCAUCUUCUAUGGCAGAAGCAAUGAUAUUAGACACAGAAGCGGCUGUUAUAGCAAAUUUCGAAUUCUUGGGUCACACAGAUAUGGAUAUGGAGGAAGAAGAAGGAGAUGUAGAAGAUGAAAUUUAUGAUGCAAAUACAGAUACCAAACCAAAUAAAACAUCUAUGCCUCUUUUAGGAGAAGAUGUUGAUACAGAUGCAGAGGCAGAAGAAGUGUUAAACGAAUUAAAUCUUCUCACAGAAAUUGAAGAAUCUCCACCUGGUUCUAUUCAUUUGGAAAUGAAUUCUUCAGAAUGGAAUGCAAUAGAAAUGCAUAGAGGAUUACAAUUGGAUCCAAGACGUCCAAAUAAAGAAGGUGAUUCCACAUUGGAAUUAGGAGAGUUAGAACAAUUAUGUGUUAACAAUGAUGCAGAAAUAUCGUACGAUAUGGUUUCCACCACAAAAGAGACCUUCAGAAAAACGUGGAAUGCAAAAUAUACAUUACGAUCACAUUUCGAUGCUGUUAGGGCACUUGUCUUCCAUCCCACAGAUCCAGUUCUUAUCACCGCGAGUGAUGAUCAUACGCUGAAAUUGUGGAAUCUUCAUAAGACUGUUCCAGCGAAAAAGUCAGCUUCAUUAGAUGUAGAACCACUUUACACGUUCAGAUCACAUACUGGACCUGUAUUGUGUCUAGCCAUGUGCAGUGCGGGUAAUCGAUGUUACAGUGGUGGCUUAGAUGGCAAUAUCCAUUGCUGGACACUUCCAUCAGCUAACAUUGAUCCGUAUGACUCGUACGAACCAAGUGUCCUUAGUCAUACAUUAACAGGACACACAAACGCUGUUUGGGGCUUGAGUAUGUACCAUCUGCGCUCUACCAUGCUGUCCUUCAGUGCAGACGGAACUGUAAAAUUAUGGGCUCCGCAGGCCCCGCAACCUCUUCUCAAUACAUAUGUCUCGGAACAAGAUGGUAUACCGACUUCAGUUGACUUCAUCAGAGAUGAGCCUCACAAGUUGGUCGUAGCUUAUGAAGGAGCUUGCGUGGUAUUUGACACUGAAACUGGCGCGAUCGUUGCGCGACUCGAGGCAAACGAAACGAAAGGCGUAAAUCGCGUUGUAGCGCAUCCAACAUUACCGCUCGUCGUGGCCGCGCACGAAGAUCGGCAUAUUCGAUUUUACGAUCAUCGAUCAGCUACUCUUGCUCACGCGAUGGUGGCGCACUUGGACGCAGUUACUAGUCUCGCUGUAGAUCCUCAUGGUCUAUACUUACUUUCAGGAAGUCAUGAUUGCAGCAUAAGAUUGUGGAAUAUGGAUAACAAGACUUGUGUUCAGGAAAUAACAGCGCAUCGGAAGAAAUUUGACGAAAGUAUUUUAGACGUAGCGUUCCACCCAUCACGACCAUUUAUAGCGAGCGCUGGCGCCGAUGCUCUCGCCAAAGUAUUUGUGUGAAAUGUGUAAAUCCGAGAUACACUUACAUCAAAAUAAUUUCUAUUACAUCAAAUCGCGCAGUUUUUGUACUCUUAUUCUUUUUUAGAUAGCCUUAUAACUUUGUGUCCAUCAGUAUACAUAUACAUAUACGUAUACACAUUUCCAAUUUCCGUUGUAACUCUGAUCGUUCUCUGAUCCCUGUUUCCGAAGUACUGGUUUAUAAAAGAAUCAAAUUGAUCGUAUAGAUAUUCAUAAGAGGAAAUGAAAAUUUUAUCCGUAACUCUUGUCUGUGACAGUUUAUGGAAAAAAAAAAAAUUUUAAAUAUAAACACGCUGCUUGUUGAUGCUAACCAUCAUUAAGUAGCCAAUAUUAUUUGAAAAAUAGCGGGGUGGGGUCUAUCAUGUAGAAUAUUAGCCGAUAUAGUCCCGACAAUUAGAGGAACCAACCCCUUACCCACAGAAUCCAGGAAGUACACUGCCGCGGUAGCGUAAUAUUUAUCCUUACGUUAACUAUUUAUUACCAAUAUCGCCGUUACUGUUGCACACUGCUACUGGGGAUUAACACAAUCGUAAUAAUCGACGAUACAGUUGUCCUAACUAAAAGAAAUGCAUUAAUUAGUCUCCCAUUACACAUAAUUUUUCCUGCUGCCUUAUAUAUUCAUCGAGGCUAGCACACAACAUAGUAAUGAUAAUAAUAAUCAUAAGCUAAUUAUAAUAGACAUAUUAUAAUAACAAUAAAUUAUAUAAAAAAUUGUGUGUUUCUCUGUAAUAUAUUGUAUUUAAAAAUAGAUAACUCUCUGUGUAACGUAUUAUAAUGAACAUUUUUUUUUAUUAAAAUCUCAUUCCAUUA